AGAGGCAAACAAAUGCAGUGCCCCUUCAAUCGAGCGCUCGUUCUCCUGCUUUCUAUCGCGACCAGCACAUAAAAAAAAAAAAGAGUCCAUCAAAGUCUUCGUUUCAGUCAUGAGCAGAUCGGGGCAGCCACCAGAUCUCAAGAAGUACAUGGAUAAGAAGCUUCAAAUCAAGCUGAAUGCAAAUAGAAUGGUGGUCGGAACACUCCGUGGGUUUGACCAGUUCAUGAAUUUGGUGGUUGACAACACCGUGGAGGUGAAUGGUGAUGAGAAAACCGACAUAGGCAUGGUGGUGAUCAGAGGCAAUAGUGUUGUCACUGUUGAAGCGUUGGAACCUGUGACCAGAACGCAGUGAUGAAUGGUUUUGUACUCGUAGCGUUCUAGGAUGGCUUUUAACUCUUAUGCUUUUUUACUCAGAUGUGUACAAUUGUAUGAGAUGAAGAAGUUUAAUAUUUUAUGACGCAAUGAAGGUCAUAUGAAUCCUUUAUUUGACCA